AUGUCAAGUGGCAGUGAUAGUCAGAACAUGUCAGAGCAGAAUGUUGAUCUCAGUGAGGGAUCAAGUCUAGCUAAGAGCUACUAUGAAGGCAUCAAAAGCUCUCUAGAUCUGCCAAAGGCUCCCACAAGGACCAAGAAGAAGAGGAAUUCAGAUGAUGAAGCUGCAUAUUUUUUGGCUAGCGAGGCCACAUCCAAGAAAAAGGCUGUGCUAAGAAAAGAGUAUGGUACUUCUGCUAGCACCAGGCCCAGUGCCAAGGACAGGACUGUUGUAAGGAAAGUACCUUUGUCAAAGGCAAACAAAGCCACAACUCCAAAGGAAACAAUGACAUUCAUACUUGAGGAUCCAAGUGAUGCAGAGGCUGAUGCCAGCAAGAAGAAGAAAAGGGCUAGGAAGACAACUGUUGUAGUCAUUGGCAAACCUUCCAUGAGGGAAGAUGAUCAUGAUGAGGAGGAAGAGGAAGAGGAACCAGCACCUCCAGCAAAGACUCAGAAGCUAAUGUCAGAUGCUAUGAAGUCUGCUGCUCCCUCCAAGCCCAAGUCCAAGCCCAAAGCACCUGCUCCUAAGAGAUCUACAAGAAACAUCUUCGUUGCUAAGAAGAACAAGGCCCCACUGCCUGAGGUUAAUGUUGAUGAUGAGCCACUAGUGCUCAGAAAGUUGAAGCCAAAGAUUCCAGAUCAUGACAAUGCUCAUCCAGUAGCCGAGAACAUGAUGCUCAGGAAGGAUAAGGGUUUGCAUCAGUGGAGGAUGUCUAAUCCUUACUCUGUCAGGAGGAGGACUGCUUGUGAUUACCACUUUCACACACGAGAACAACAUGAUUUCUAUGAGACUGUAUUGCUUGAUAAGAAGCCCAUACUCAGUGACAUGAAGUGGGUGGAUUGGAAGUACAUUGAUGCCAAUGAGGAUCACUUCCCCCAUGUCCAUGAGAGUUUUAGGCUUGUAGGAGUUGAUGAUUUUGUUGGUCAGAAGCUCACCAAGUGGAAUGACGAGAUGAUUAUGCAAUUCUACCCCAUAACUCAUUUCUAUCCAGAUGGCAAGGUUGCAUGGAUGACCGAGGUCCCUGCAGGCAAGCUCUUGGGUUUUUUGGUUUCUGACAGAGGCAUUGAGGCUAACCCGGAGAAGAUCAAGGCCAUCACCUCCCUGGCUAAGCCGGCGUGUAUAAAUGACGUUCAGCGCUUGGCGGGUCGCAUCGCUGCUUUAAGCCGGUUCAUAAGCCGUUUGGGUGAGAAGGCCAUGCCUUUAUAUCAGUUGAUGAAGAAAACUGAUAACUUUGUCUGGAAUGAUGCAGCUGAUACUGCCUUUGAGGAUUUGAAAAAGCAGCUGGCAGAGCCUCCAGUCCUUACUGCUCCGGUUGAUAAGGAGCCCUUAUUAUUAUAUGUGGCGGCGAACACACGAGCCGUCAGUGUGGCUAUGGUGGUGGAGCGCAAGGAGGAGGGUAAG